AUGAUCUUCCACAGUCCUUCACGAUUCACCGUGUCGAAGGCUUUCGUCAGGUCUUUGCCUGCUCACCGUCUCCAUUUCAGCAAUGAGCUAGCUCAACGGCUAGACAACCUUCCUAUCGCUGCCGCCGCCGCUGCCGAGAACGCCUCCGUGGAGAACCGCUGGUGUCAACUGCGAGACACGGUCCAGUCGACGGCGCUCGCCGUCCUCGGUCGCGCUCCCCGCCAACACCAGGACUGGUUCGACGACAACGACGCCGCCAUCAGAAAUCUGCUUGCUGAAGAGAACCGCCUACACAAAGCCUACGUAGAUCACCCCACUGAGGACAAUAAAGCUGCCUUCUACCGCAGUCGCCGACAGCUUCAGCAACGACUGCGCGAGAUGCAGGACGCCUGGACUGCUCGCAAAGCUGAGGAGAUCCAAGGCUACACGGACCGCACCGAAUGGAGGAACUUCUUCUCCGCGAUCAAAGCUGUCUACGGUCCGCCGACGAAGGGCACUGCUCCUCUCCUCAGCGCCGACGUAGCACUCGCCUGA